ACCGGAGCCACCGAGACCCCCCCCGGGACCCCCGAAAUGUCCAACGCGCACUUCAACCGCGGCCCGGCCUAUGGGCUGUCGGCCGAGGUGAAGAACAAGCUGGCCCAGAAGUACGACCCGCAGCACGAGCGGGAGCUCCGUGCCUGGAUCGAGGGGACCACGGGACGCCGGAUCGGGGACAACUUCAUGGACGGGCUCAAGGACGGCGUCAUCCUCUGCGAGCUCAUCAACAAACUGCAGCCGGGCUCGGUGCCGAAGGUGAACGAACCCGUCCAGAACUGGCACAAGCUGGAGAACAUCGGGAAUUUCCUGAGGGCCAUCACACGCUACGGGGUCAAGCCCCACGACAUCUUCGAGGCCAACGACCUCUUCGAGAACACCAACCACACCCAGGUCCAGUCCACCCUCAUCGCCCUCGCCAGCCAGGCCAAGACAAAGGGGAACAACGUGGGGGGGCUGGGGGUGAAAUACGCCGAGAAGCAGCAGCGGCGCUUCCACCCCGAGAAGCUGCGCGAGGGCAGGAACAUCAUCGGGCUCCAGAUGGGCACCAACAAGUUCGCCAGCCAGCAGGGCAUGACAGCGUACGGGACACGGCGACACCUGUACGACCCCAAACUGGGCACGGACCAGCCCCUGGACCAGGCCACCAUCAGCCUCCAGAUGGGCACCAACAAAGGCGCCAGCCAGGCGGGGAUGACGGCACCGGGGACGAAGCGUCAGAUCUUCGAGCCGGCGCUGGGCAUGGAGCACUGCGACACCAUGACCAUCGGGCUGCAGAUGGGCAGCAACAAGGGCGCGUCCCAGCAGGGCAUGACGGUCUACGGGCUGCCCCGCCAGGUCUACGACCCCAAAUACUGCGGGGGCCCCGAGCUGCUGGGCCACGACGGCUACGACGGCCACGACGGCCUCUACAACUCGCAGUAGCCGCCGGCGCCGCGGCCGCUUCGCUGCCCCAACA